UGUACAUAUAGACGAAAUGUUUUGAGCUUUUUGUAUUACUUUUAAUUAAUAUCAGAUUAAAUAAAUAAUGAGAGCUUGUCUGAUACCAAUGGUCUAGAAGGUGCAACCUUAUUUUUUACAAAUUAGUUUGUAAAAGUAGUCCAAAAAUGACUAAUCUGGACGCCAGCAACAGCAGUACUGACAGCAGUUCUGGAUCUACGUCAGACUCUAGUAGCAGUGAAAGUUCCACUACAAGCUCUGGAUCUGCUUCAAGCAGUUCAGACUCUGAGUCGUCCGCAUCUGAAACUCCCGCCGUUGCGACUCUUCCAAAGUCACCCAAACAAGAAGAUGAACCUAAAAAGAAGGAGGAACCGAAACCGAGACGUAAUUCAAAACCUAAAGCUACAUCGUCUAGUGAGGAUGAAGUCCCAAAAGUUAGUACACCAAAACCAAUACAACCGAGGCGUAGGUGCUCUACAAAACCAAAAAAUGCUGCAUCAGUGUUGGCAAGAGGUAAGGUAAACCCUAGAGCAGUACCUGGUGGAAAAUCUAAGGCAAUUUCCAAGACUAUACCAAAGGCUUUGAAGGCUGAGAGCAAUGCUUCCAAAAAGAAGAGCAUUUUCUCUCCUGACAAUAGUUCAGAGUCAGAUGCAGAUAGUAAAGACAGCAAAAAUAAGGAUACUCCAAAAGGUUCUCCUAGUAGCGAUAAGAAAUCUCAGAAAUCAAGUGAAGAGAAAGCUGGAACUUCCUCUCCCAUGGUGAUCAAUGAUGAUUCUAACUCAAAAGAGUCUGCAGCUAAGAAGAGGUCCAGCAGGUCAAAUGGUCCACCUCCGAAAAAAUCUAGCGAUGGUAAAAGCGCAUCAUCAUGUACAUCAAGUCAGUCCUCUGUUGAAUCUGUGUCUUCUGAAAGUGAUAGCGAACCAACUAUCAAGAAAGAGGACCUGAAAACGGGCAAGUCUAAGCCACCGCCAGUUAAAACUAAGCAAGAAGUAACAGGCAAGAGUGGAGAUUCCGGAGACUCAGUUACCGGUACAAUGACCCGCAAGUUGACAAGAUCAUUGUCUGCUCGAGUCUCUCGUAUAGUCAAUGCUACGAAAACUAACAACACAGACACAGAUUCAGAGCCAGAAGAAAAAGUAAAUGAAAUAAGUAAAGACGACAAGAGACUGGCGAAAGCCCGAGCCGCCAUUGCUCGGUCUCCCGCCGCGCCGCUCACACCUUCAGGACUAUUGGAGAAGCGGUGUCCCGUCAGAGACUGCGAUUCUACGGGACAUUUAGGUGGCAAAGCGGCGAAGCAUUUCACAUGGGACGCGUGUCCGAUGUACCACAACGUAACCGCAGCGUGGUGCGUCGCAGCGGCGGAGGAGCGCGCGGCGGCCGCGGCGACGCGACGCCGGGCGCUCGCGGCGAUACAGCAGAGACCGCGAGCCAUGCCCACUAUAGAGCAGAGGGCGUACCAGCUGAAAGUUAAGGACAUGCGAUCUAAAUGGAAGGGUAGCCAGGAGUUACGUUCGAUGCCAUCUAACGAUGAGCACGGGGAGGAGAGGGAACCGGUGCUCGAGGGUUUUGCUCCCGACUACGACCUGCGACUGUUCCGAGACGCACAGGCUUUGGCCGCCGUGAAGAUUGAGGAGGAGUUGGGCGAUAUAGCCAACGAUAAGUGUACUAGGUACAUCCACCGGUACGUGGUGAUGGGUCGUCACAUGAUGGAGGCGUGGUACCAGUCGCCGUACCCGGGCGCCGCGGGCCGCGUGCCGCGCCUCUACGUGUGCGAGUUCUGCCUGGCGCACCACCGCUGCGGCGCCGGCGCGGCCCGACACCGCGCCAAGUGCCUGUGGCGCCACCCGCCCGGCGACGAGGUGUACAGGAAGGACAACCUGAGCGUGUGGCAGGUGGACGGGCGGAAGCACAAGCAGUACUGCCAACAGCUGUGCCUGCUCGCCAAGUUCUUCCUCGACCACAAGACGCUGUACUACGACGUCGAGCCGUUCCUCUUCUAUGUCAUGACGUGCGCGGACGAGGAGGGAUGCCAUAUAGUUGGAUAUUUUAGCAAGGAGAAGAACUCAUUCCUGAACUACAACGUAUCGUGUAUACUCACGUUGCCGCCAUACCAGAGACAAGGGUACGGGAGGCUGCUCAUAGAUUUCAGUUACCUGCUAACGAAGGUGGAAGGGAAGGUGGGUUCGCCGGAAACCCCCCUGUCUGACCUCGGCCUUAUAUCCUACCGCUCCUACUGGAAGGAGGCUCUACUCAAGAGACUGUGCUCAGCGCCCGGACCCACCCUGUGUAUACGGGACCUUAGCAAGGACCUCGCUAUUGCAUCCUCGGACAUAGUGUCCACUUUACAGGAGCGAGGACUCAUGAAGUAUUGGAAGGGAAAACAUAUUGUACUGAAGAAACAAGAGGUGUUAGAGGACGCGAUGCGACGUGCGGCGCGCGCGCGGUGCGUGGACGCGUCGUGCCUGCGGUGGUGGGGCGGCGGCGGGGCGGCCCGCUGA